AUGGUUGACUUUGAGUGGGAUCCCGACAAUGUUCCUCUUGCUAAACUUAUUCUGCACUGCUCGCAGAUCCUCCUCGCCUUUGUGGCUUGGUGUCUCGAGAUUGCCGUCUUCAACGACUCCAAGGCUACCAUUGUAGGCGACAAUGGAUGGACCUUCGCCGUGUUCUUCCUCUAUGUCCCGGCUUGGAUCUAUCUAAUCGGAACUCCGCGAUUCGAACGAACCCGUAAAUACGCCAAUCCCAUUGCCAUGUUCGCAGUCGACGUCGUAUGCACGAUCCUGGCGCUCUCCGCAUUCGCGUCACAAGCUUCAUACAACUCCAAGGACCUCUGCGGCACACGGUGCGGCAUCUCCAAGUCCAUUGUUGCCAUUGGCGUUCUUGUCACUCUCCUCUGGGCCGGCUCCGCCUUUGUCAGUGGAUACACGAUGACAUAUUCCAACUUCCACGGAAGCCUGCCUGGCUACGAUAACCGCAAGAUUCGAACCGGCGGCGACAACAGCAUCGAUCCGGAUAAGGAAGCCUUCUCGAUGGCGCCCCAUGGUGACGAAGCUUACGAGCGAGUUCACAUGGAGGACCACGAGCAGCAGGCUGGCGGCUACGGUGGUAGUCACUACGACCAGGACGACCCCAGCCGCUAUGGCUCUCUCCCUCCCCGCGGCGAAGAGAUGUUUGAUGCGACCAAGACAGCGUACCACGGUGCGACGUCUAUGCCUUACGAGCCAUCUCAGGUUGGUGGCACAUAUACAGACGAGCCUGUCAAGUUCCCUAAUGCGCACUACGACCGCGUGGACCGAUGA